GCACGUGCCCGUUGUUUAUAGCUUCUGGCUAGAACGAGACUUGGAAAAGAGACACGCGCGUCAAUAUCGAUGCUAACCGGCGUCUCAGAAAGCGGAAUAAUUCAUUCAUUAAUUCAGCGAAGAAAAUAAGAAGAAACCCACAGUUUGCAGCAAAUCAGUAAUGUGAAAGAGAUUACUUCCUGCAUUGUUACGAGAAGAAACUGGAGAUGAGGUGUGCAGGAUUCUGGAGGACGGGGCACAUCUGUCCGCUGCUGGCAAUGCUGUUUCAGUUGCUUCUGCCUGCCGUUAGAGCCGAUAGGGCCUGGAACCAGUACAUACCACGACUGCAACUCUCACAUACAGAGCUGCGAACAAGGAACAGUUCAGCCAUGUUCUGGCACAGUGGUGCAGUGGUUAAUGGGUAUUAUGAAGUUCUGCUGUUGGAUGAGGAUCGUGGUUGGCUGCUGGUUGGAGGAAGAGACCACGUCUACAUGCUCGACUCUGAGAGUCUGACCCAGACUAUACACAAGAUUCACUGGCCAGCUGGAAGAGAACAUACUGAACGCUGCAAACAUGCAGGAAAGAAUCUGUUGACUGACUGUGCCAAUUUUGUGAGGCUCCUUCAACCAUUCAACAAAACACAUGUGUAUGCAUGUGGAACCGGGGCGUACCACCCUGUGUGUACAUACAUUGACCUGGGCCACAAUGUCGAGGAACCUGCGCUUAGACUGCUGAGCAAUGCUGUUGAAUCCGGGAGAGGGAAAUGUCCCUUUAGUCCACAUGAGCCGUUCUCUGCUCGACUCACUGACGGAGACUUGUAUGCAGGAACGUCAGUGGACUUCAUGGGAAACAAUGCAGCCAUAUUUCGUAGCUCUGUGCACACAACCAGUCAGCACUACAUUCGCACCGAGGCUCAUAAUGACCACUGGCUCAAUGAGCCAGAGUUUGUGGGCUCGUUCUCCAUCCCAGACACACACAGCCAAGAUGAUGAUAAGGUGUAUUUCUUCUUCAAGGAAACGGCUGUGGAGUCCAACCAGCUGGAUAAGCGCAUCUAUAGCCGAGUGGCUAGAGUGUGCAAGAACGACAUGGGUGGGAAGCGGAGUCUGAUCAAUCGUUGGAGUACCUUCCUAAAGGCCAGGCUGGUCUGCUCAGUGUCAGCGCCAGGAGGCAUGGACACAUACUUUGAUGAGCUGGAGGAUAUAUUUCUGUUGGAGACCAAAGAUCCACAAAAUCCGGUUAUAUAUGGAGUCUUCUCAACUUCAAGUUCUGUCUUCCGAGGCUCUGCUGUAUGCGUCUAUUCAAUGGCGUCCAUCCGAGCCGCUUUCAAUGGGCCCUUCGCGCACAAAGAAGGCCCUGACUACCGCUGGGUGGAGUACAAAGGCAGGAUCCCAUAUCCACGUCCAGGGACGUGCCCAAGUGAGACGUACGACCCCUUGCACAAGUCUACCCGCGACUUUCCUGACGAGGUUAUGAGCUUCAUGAGAGCCCACCAACUGAUGUGGGAGCCAGUCGUGCCAAUUCACAGACGACCACUGUUUACUCACAUCAACACCCCCUACAGGCUGAAGAAGUUGGUAGUGGAUAGAGUGGAUGCAGAAGAUGGCCAAUACAAUGUUCUACAUUUGGGUACAGAUGAUGGCAAGGUUCUGAAGGUGGUAUCCAUUCCCAAGGAGAAUUGGGAAACUGAGGAAAUCAUACUGGAAGAGCUGAGUGUGUUUCAGAGUCCUAUCUUAAGCAUGGAGCUCUCCACCAAGAGGCAAGCUCUAUUUGUGAGCAGUGCAGAUGCGGUGGCUCGGUUGCCCCUGCAGCGGUGUGAGCUCUAUGGGAAAGCCUGUGUUGACUGCUGCCUGGCCCGGGAUCCUUAUUGCGCCUGGGAUGGCACCACCUGCACCAAUUAUUUCCCCACUAACAAGAGACGUUCCCGUCGACAGGAUGUGAGAUACGGUGACCCAUGGAGCCAGUGUCAGGAUCUGGGAGAUGGCUCUGAGGAAAUUGAGCUAAAGGUGGUUUAUGGAGUAGAAAACAACUCAACCUUCCUGGAAUGCACACCUGCUUCACCACAAGCGAGAGUCAAAUGGAUCAUGCAACAAAAACACAGCCAGAGCACUAAAGAGCUGCUCCCCGAUGAAGACAUCAUCCUCACAAAACGAGGUCUCCUCCUGCAGCGGAUAACUUCUUCAAACGCUGGCCUCUACCUGUGCACCGCUCACGAGCACUCAUUUUCCCGCACGCUAGCUCGCUACGAGCUGCAAGUCAUCUCCGAGCAGCACGUAACAAAUACACGUAGCACUCAUCACUCUGACCCCAAAAUGGGUGGCAACUAUGCAGCAUCCUCGCUGAGCUACAAGGAUCUACAUCUGAUCAGCGUUAGCGGUCUAACAGCCGAUGACUACUGCGAGCAGCUGUGGUACCGCGAGAAGCGGAGACAACAGAAACUGCGCACACUAAAGUGGAAACAAACGGCAGAGAACCGCAAGGCUCGAGUUCGGCGGCAAAAUCCACCCAACGAACCACUCCAGUGAAACCAGAGGAACAGACAUUAGAGUAAAACUAAAGGACAUUUGAGUUUGUCUUGGAAGAACAACAUACUGUUCUGGAAUUAGCCACAUUAGCCUUGUUGCUGUUGAUUACUAAAGGAUUCCAGGUUACAUAACCUCCCCACAGAAAUACAUGUUGGUGACUUAUUGUUUAUCGUUCUAAACAGCAUUCUUUUUUAGCAAACCUGAACUUUUGGCAUCACAAAAAUGCACAGCAUUAUAAAUACGUAUAUGAGGAAAUAAUUAAGGACAACCGAGAGAGAGAGAGAGAGAGAGAGAGAGAGAGAGAGAGAGAGAGAGAGAGAGAGAGAGAAGGUUGAGAAAGGGAAAAAAAAAACUUUUUUACAUAACCUUUACAUGGUUAGAUGAAAGAUUUCAUUAUGAGUGAACAUAAACACAUCUUUGGCCAGAGAUUUGUUCUGUUGGUAUGCCCUAAGUGAUGCUUCAAUCAGUAUCAGGGUUGGACAAAUCAUAAAUUUAUUAGCAACUCUCUGGGUAAGGGAAUGCAUCAACAUGCACUUGAUAUCACAGUUAAAUUUUGAAGAUACAUUACUGGUUAAAAUUUUUGGAGACACUUGACUGAAAUGUUUCUCAUGAUCUUAAAAGUCUUUUGAUCCGAAGAUGUAUGAUUAAGUGUUUGAAAUCGGUGUUGUAGACAAAAAUAUAACUGUGCCGACAUAUUCGUUUCUUUCAUUAGAAAGCUAACAUUUUUUUUUAUCCCAACAUAAUUCCCAUAAUUCCAUUUGUGUUAUUCCAGAGUUUUGAUGACUUUAUUAUUGUUCUAAAAUGUGGGGAAAAAAUGCAAAUAAAAAAUGAGUGUGUCUAAACAAUUUGACCAGUAGUGUAUAGUAUAAAGUCAUGCACUGAAGAAAAAAGGUCAGAUGCGAUCCUGAAUCGAUAUCUUAAGAGCAAGGAAACAAGGAAACAAGGCUUUUUUUAAAACGCAAAUAUGCACUGCAGCCUGGGAAAACCCUUAACAUGAUGACACUUUAAUGUUUUCCACUGCACAUGUUUGUGAAAAGUGCAGGCUUAUUUAACAACUUGAUCAAAGCCUGACUGUGUGAGAGAACUGUUUUUGUCACUGCAUUCAUUAAACUGACUCCUUACCCAACAUGAUCUGUGAAGGAAGCUAGCCUAGACAAGCUUAAAAAAAAAAAUCCAAAUCAUUUUGAUGAAAAUAUUUCUUGAUUUGACAUCAGAGUAUGUGCAUGCUGAAGUUAAAAAACCACCAUGAGACCAUCUCAUAUAUAUUAGGAGCUAGUUAGUUUAGUAAUACUGAAGGGUUACUAUAAAUUACUAAUACAAAUACAGGGUAUGCCAAAAGUCUCCAUAAACAGGGUAGUAUGUUCGCCAGCACAUUGUCGAUUGUGCCUUCGUCAGUGGAUGUUCUCAGUUCCCGGUUGGUCCAUAACACUUCCAGUCUUUUUGAAAUUGUUAAUAAGUGUCCUCCCGAUCCAGCCAUGAGAAUGAUUUCAAGACGUUGUUCUUUUGCCAAAUGCAUUCUUAAAGGCUAUCUAAAAAACACACACAUUGGAAGCACACUCUCUUUUGGAAAACAUUUUGCUAAAGUGUUAUUUUCUAAUCUGUCUGGAGAGUUUUGGGACACCCUGUAGUUCAUACUAAAAGCUAGAAGACAUCCUUGAACGUAUUGCUUGUCUAUCAAGCAAUUAUGAGUACAACAAGAAUGAUAGUCCUGACACACCUACGGUAUUAAUUUUUUCCUAUAAGCAUUUUUUGAUUUGUUUUAUUUUGUAGAGAAUGGUUACAGCAAUCACUGAACACUCAGUGGAGCAUUUCUAUUAGAGUAUGUUUUGGACCGUAGUGAUGGUCGUGAGAAUCACUGAAACCUGUUGCAGUGCACUAUUCGGACAGGAUUUUUCAGAAUGUUAUUUAAUUGUUCUUAAUGAAAUCCAGAAGAAUGCGGUUCACAAAUUACAGAGUAGCGUUGCUGCCUCACAAGUCCAAGUUUCCAAGUUGUAUUCUGAGCUCAGGUUGCUGUCUGUGUGGAGUUUCACAUUGGAAUGUUCUCCAGGUUCUCCAGUUGCUUCCCUUUUCCCCAAAACAUGCAGUGGAUUGGUGACUCUAAAUUGCCCCAAGAUGUGAAUGAAUGUGUGAAUGUGUGUGUACAUGGUGCCUCUGAUGGACUGGCAUCUCAAAGGGUGUGUUCCUGCCUCACACCCAGUGUUCCCAGGAUUGUCACUUCCUGGAAAAACCUGUGAAGUUUAAAAAAAGAAAAAAAAGUCCAAGCUCUGGUUCCUAAGGCGUAGUGACAUUGCUAAUCGGCUAAUUCUGGAAUAAAUUAACAAACACUCUGGCUGCCCGAAAGUGUGUUAUGAACUUUUGAAAUACAGAUGGUCUGAUCUGACCAUCGUAGGUGACUCUGGAGGAAGCUCUGCAUACCUCAUAAACACACCAGGAUGUUCUUCUCUUGCCAGAAACACUGUCUUUCCCAUGAACAAUCUUAAAUAUGUCACUAUUGUGUUUGUGGAUACAUUGAACAGAAAUGACAAACCAUAAGAAACUGUAUCUCAAAUGCUAAUAUGGAUGUGGUUAGCAUGGUCUUAUUUUAUCUCCACUAGUAAUAUUCAAAAUGAUCCUUUUUAUGGUUAAGUAGUGCUCUAAGCCUCUCAUACUGUAAUGAUCAUUUAUUAUAAUGUGGUGUGCUGGAAGAGGCUCAUUGUUCCACUUUGGGCCACACGUUUGCGCGGAAGGAACAUCAAAGUAUGGAAGCAUCUGGGAGAAAUGAGUAUGAAGAACAGUGGACAGAAUAAAAAAAAAUCUGAGUUUCGUCACUAGUCAGGAAAAUGGCUUCCAGGUUGACUGGACCACAGUAAAAGGGAUUUCUUUCUUGUUAUCUUGACAGGAUAAUAGGAACGUCCAAACUGGCCUUAUGUUUGGCAGAUAAGCAAAAAGACAUGGAUGGCUUCAGCAAAUAUGUGAUAGAUCAUAGAAAUUGGUGCAUCUUAUAAACAAUAUUUAAUCUUUAAUCAGAUUUCUGCAUUUUGCAUUCCAAUGUUUUUAGUGUGUCCACAAUUACAGGUAUUACAUAAAGACUUUAUAUUUAAUAACAAAUUUACUCAAUUGUACUUUUUUUUUUCUGCUGGCAAAAUAUGCAUCAUUAUGUUCAUUUUAUUUGUACAUUGUGCUUCUAAGUUAAAAAUUCACCCAGUGUGUGGUAUUGAACUGUACCUUUGCGUGUCAUAACACUAAGCUGAUACAGACUCAGGAUGUUUUGAGCAACUGUAACAGUGUGGUUGUUCAUUUCCAUCUGGUGUUCAUUUUUACUCUGGUGUGCUAAUCUCUAAUAUAAUCAUUCCAACAAAAACGUUCUCGACGUGUUUCAUUAGCUCACAAUUUCAACCAGCGACCUCUCGAGAAAGCUAAAUGUGUGUCGUCAUUAUUGCAUCUAAGCUACUUCAUUUCAUGAACAAUAUAAUUUAUGGUUUAUGUUUCACUUUACAAGUCACUAUGCUUUGAUCAGACGUAUCUUUUUGAUGAAAGUAAAUGUUCAUUUUUCUGUCAUCACCUAAAAUUACACAUUUAUCUCAUUGUGUACAGAUUUUGUUUUCUAAAUCUUUCUGUAUAAACUAAUAUUUGUGCAAAAUCAAUUAAAAUAUUUCCCAAAUUUAUUAUA